AUGGAGUGCCUUAUUUCAGGAAGAUACCAGUGUCACUGUGUAGGAGGAUGCACUGGGAAUAUUGAAGAUUAUGAUUGUCUUGAGUCUUGUGAAAAUGGAUAUUACGGACGCUAUUGUCAAAAUGAAAACGUUGCUUUGAAUAAGCGGGCCAGUCAGUCAACAAUAUGUAUUGGUUAUGAAGGUGAAGCUUCUUUGGCUGUGGACGGCAACACGACAACAACAUUUGGAAUGAAAGGAACAUCACAUGCCUUUCAUAAUAGACUAAAAGGAUUGCAUAUCACGAUUGACAACAGAACAUGUCGCAGCUGGGAAAAUACAAAGUACCCGUCAACAAAGUUUAGUGUAAUCUGUAACCAAACCGGACAAGUUGUGAAGUUCGAAGUGUUAAGAAUGUGUACAGACUUCUGGUAUGGUGAAGACUGUAACAAGACGUGUAACUGUAGAAAUCAGACUGAAGUGUGUGACAAGAAAACAGGAAAAUGUACAGCUUGUCCUGGUGGGUGGACUGGAGACGCGUGUGUUGAGUGCACAGACUUAUGGUACGGUGGACACUGUCACAGGACGUGCAUCUGUAGAAAUGAGACUGAAGUGUGUAACAAGACGACUGGAAAAUGUACAGAAUGUCCAGAUGGGUGGAGCGGAGACGUGUGUGAUGUGUGUGCAGACUUCUGGUAUGGUGAAGACUGUAACAAGACGUGCAAGUGUAGAAAUGAGACUGAAGUGUGUGACAAGAAGACAGGAAGAUGUACAGAUUGUCCAGAUAGGUGGAUGGGAGAUGCUUGUGACAUUGCAUCACUGAACACGGUCACACUUGUCGUCGCUGGUGGCAUCUCUGUAGCAGCAGUGAAAAGGGAAACGGCGCGUUCCAAGCAAGAUGUAUUUACUGAUCAGCAUGCUUUGGCAACUCGAAACGAAGUUCCAAUGGUGGAUCUGGAACACGAUGAUUUGGACACGGAUGAUGAAGCCGACAACUUACUCUCUCAGCCGUGCGUUAACGUGGAGGAGAAUGAGUAUGUUAACUACAUUAACACGAAAAUACCAGUGGAAACGCUGUGUACCUCCAUACAGGACAAAGAGUUCAAAAAGGAGUAUUCUAUGCUGCCGUUUGGUCUGCUAGCUCCCCACAACAUUGGAAAUGAUCCUGUCAACAAAAAGAAGAACAGAUAUUUGACGACCUUUCCGUAUGAUCACUCGCGUGUCCAGCUAAAGAUCACAGAAACACAACUGUCUGAUUACAUUAAUGCUAAUUACAUAGACGGUUACAAGAAGCCAAAGGCAUACAUUGCAACACAAGGUCCUCUGCCACUUACAACAGAUGAUUUCUGGAGAAUGAUAUGGGAACAGGACGUCAGCAAAAUUGUGAUGCUAGCAAACUUGGUGGAAGAUGGGAAGAACAAGUGCGCAAAGUACUGGCCAGAGUUGAAUUCAGUGAAAACUGUUGGUAAACUCGACGUGACGAGUGUAAAUGUAACGGACAGAGCUGACUAUAUCACGAGAGAGUUUCGGCUAAGUACUGAUCAGGGCGCAACGACCCAGAUUGUGAAGAUGUUUCACUUCACUACGUGGCCUGAUCACGGUGUACCUUCUGCUCCAGCACUCCUGGGCUUCUGGAAACAAGUGAAGAAGGACAGCGAAUCAUGUGGUCCAGUUGUAGUGCACUGCAGUGCUGGUAUUGGAAGAACUGGAACAUUUAUUGGUUUGGAUUACCUUGUGAAUGAAGCCAAAGACACUAACGUGGUCAACAUUUUUGUGUGUGUUAGAACAAUGCGUGACAAUAGAGUUAAUAUGGUACAGACAGUGGGACAGUACCAGUUUCUCUAUGAAGUGCUUCUAGAUGCGAUUUGCUCCAUGGAUACGUUCUACACUGUAGAUUCUCUCAACGACUCCGCAUUUAACGAGAAUAUGAAUCAUUCUGCACAGAAACGCCGCUUGCAGCAAGAGUUCAAUGAUCUGACUCGUCUAAAAAAGCCAGUUUCCCAGAAAGACAUUGACAAUGCCUUGUCACCUGAAAACAGACUGAAAAACCGCAACUUGUCUAUCAUACCAGUAUCAUACCAUCGAGUCAUGCUGACAACUCUAGUUCCAGGAACGAAUGAUUAUAUCAAUGCUGUGACUCUUCCGAGUUGCACCAACAGAAAGGGUUUUCUGGUCACACAGCUGCCCCUGGAACUGACUGUGAUAGAUUUCUGGAGAAUGGUCUACGAACAGGACUGUCAUACCAUCGUAUGUCUAUCGGGAAAAGACACAGAGGUGCUUAAGAAGUAUAAAUACUGGCCCAAAGUUGAAGACAUGGCGACGAUUAGACCAUUUACGGUUGAAAACCAAUCAACAGUGAAGUUGAGCAGUGAGAUCACAGAAAUCAGCCUAACUCUGACGACAGACGCAGUUCACGAGAACACACAUAAGAAGAUCUUGAAGUUGUUCGUAUUAAACAACUGGUCUGAGAAGAGUGGUCUCCCUUCAGACAAUCACGAACUGUUACUGUUUCUGGACAGACUGGAACGCCGUCGGGAGGAAACUGGCAAAUCUCCAAUCAUUGUACAAUGCAUGGAUGGUGCCAAACAGAGUGGACUGUUUUGUGUUUUGUCAAACAUCAUUGAGAAGCUAAAACUCGAGAAAGAUGUUGACAUAUUCGUCACUGUUCGAGAACUGCAGUGCAUUCGUCCGCAACUUGUGGAAAGCAGUGAACAAUACCAGUACUGCUAUACAGUUGUCAGGGAGCAUCUGAGAAACAUGGACAUUGUCCACAUUGCUUGA